AUGAAUCCAGUUGAUUAUCCUCAUGGAGGAGGUGAGGGAAGAAGCAAGAGUAAUGGUAGUCAUGGAAGGACUUCGCUUACGCCAUGGGGAAAGUCUUGCAAGUCUAGUUACAAGAAAAUAGCAAAUCCAAUUAGUGAAAGAGAAAAUAAUGAAUUAUAUGGCCACCUCGACAUAAACUCACAAAUUGGAAGUUGUAUGCCACUCGCCGCAAUACAAAUCAACAAAAUUAUUCACAACAUUGAGGUCAACCCAGGUCAAGGGGGGAAACUGGUUCGCUCGGCGGGCACUUCAGCCAAGAUUUUGAAAGACCCCAUUGGAAGGUACUUUUUGGUGAGGCUGCCUUCGGGGGAUGAGAAAUUAAUUGAUACUAAGUGUCGAGCUACGAUUGGUUUAGUGUCAAACCCGAGUCAUAAGACAAAGAAGCUUAGGAAGGCUCGACAGAGCAUGUGGCUCAAGGGAAGACCAGUGGUUAGAGGAGUGGCAAUGAAUCUGGUUGAUCAUCCUUAUGAAGGAGGUGAGGGAAGAAGCAAGAGUAGUGGUAGUCCUGGAAGGACUUCGCUUACGCCAUGGGGAAAGCCUUGCAAGUCUAGUUACAAGACUGCUUCUCCUAAGAAGAGAAAGUAAAGGAGAUUAUUAUGCGUUUGAUGUUUGAAUGAUUUUGUUUAUCGUUAAUAAGAUUCAAGUCUAUUUUUGGAUAGAUUUUAAUUGUUUCAAAUGCUUCCAGCGUUGGUAAGGUUGUUUUGUUCUUUAGUUCCUUAUUGCUUUCUGAGUACUAAGCAAAUUACGUCAACCAUUUGAGAACUGAGUUUUCA